CAUUUGCAGCACAAUCCUUUCGGAGUGUAGAUUAAACUUUCAAAUAAUGAAACCUCUGUUCGUUUUGUCUUUCGUUUUGCUCUUUGCCGUUGCCCUGGGAAACCAAGGCGAAUUGAGCGAAAAAAUGUGCCAACCACAAUUGAACAGGCGAGACCUAUUCGACUUGGCGGUGCUGGCCGGCAUCAAGGUGCUCGUCAAGCAGAUCGAGAGCUUCAACGAGGAUGCGCCGAUCUCCUCCAGCCUGGUGGUGCACAUCACGACCAUCGUCUCCAAGUACCUCCUGUCCGGCAGGAGCAUUAGGUUCAUCCUGCGGCUGCUCUUUGUGGCCUGUCGCCUCAACAAACCGCUGCCAAAUGAAACCAAAGCACCAGCUCCAGUCAGCACAGCUUUCUUGUGCCUCUUGGAGUUGGGCAAAGAGAAGUGCUAUUCAUACAUGGAAAAGGAGGAAGGCGACUUCUCCGUGGAGAUUGCCUGAACAAUUGAAUAAAUACGCGCCUACCUUCUU